UUAAACUGCACCACAGUUUCCUUGUCUUGUCUGUAACCGAGAGCCCCCUGGGUGGACUUUGUAGAGAUGGUGGAAGGACCGGGCUGUACCUUGAAUGGAGAGAAAAUUCGGGCGCGAGUCGUCCCGGGCCAGGCGGUAACUGGCGUGCGAGGAAGUGCUCUGCAGAGCCUGCCAGGGCCGGGGUUGCCCCAGCCCGACUCAAUGGCUGAUGCCCCUUUCCAGGCUGAUGUACUGAAUAAUAGUGAUUCCAGCUGGAAUUUCUUGAGACUGUUUCAUGGUUAUGUUUACAGUGGUGUGGAAACUUUGGGGAAAGAGCUUUUUAUGUACUUUGGCCCAAAAGCUUUACGGAUUCAUUUUGGAAUGAAGGGCUCUGUCAUGAUUAAUCCACUUAAUUAUAAAACUAAAAAUGGAGUUGCUCCUGUUUUUGAAUUACAGCUUAUGAAAGAUUUGAUUUGUUUCUUUGACUCUUCAGUAGAACUCAGAAACUCAGUGGAAUGCCAACAGAAAACAAAGAUGAUGGAAGAAUUAGAUGUUUGUUCACCGAAAUUUAGUUUCUCAAGAGCAAAAAGUGAAGUGAAGAAGCAAAGUGGUCGAAUGUUAUGUGAUGUAUUAUUGGAUCAGAAAGUCCUACCAGGAGUAGGGAAUAUCAUUAAAAAUGAAGCUCUCUUUGACAGUGGUCUCCAUCCAGCUGUUAAUGUCUGUCAGUUAACAGAUGAGCAGAUCCAACACGUGGUGAAGAUGACGCGUGACUUCAGUGUUCUCUUUUACAGAUGCCAUAAAGCAGGAUGUGCCAUCUCUAAAUACUAUAAGGUUUAUAAACGUCCUAACUGUGGUCAGUGCCAUUGCAGAAUUACUGUGUGUCGCUUAGGGGAGAAUAAUAGAAUGACAUAUUUCUGUCCUCAUUGUCAAAAAGAAAAUCCUCAACAUGUUGACAUAUGCAAAUUGCCAACUAGAAAUACUUUCAUCAGUUGGACAGCCAAUGCAAAACAUCCUAUCGACUCAGUAGCUCAGAAAUCUGAAGAGCAGUGGACAUGUGCAGUGUGCACACUGAUAAACAAGCCUUCUAUGCAAGCGUGUGAUGCUUGCUUGACCUCCAGACCUGUUGAUUCAGUGCUCAAGAGUGAAGAAAAUUCUACUGCCUGUACCAACUUGGUGAAGUACCCUUGUAAUAGCUUUGGAAAGACACAUACAGAAGUAAAGAUCAACAGAAAGACUGUAUUUGGAGCCACAACCCUUGUCUUGACUGAUUUUAGCAAUAAAUCCAGUACUCCGGAAAGGAAAAAAAGCCAAAACCAGUUACUAGAUAAAGAAUUUCACAACUCUUCUCCUACAGAUGUUUGCUUUAGUGGCACACAGCAAUCCUCUAACAAGAGAACAGACUUUAUCACUCAGCUCCCUAACAAAGCAAUCAAAUCACCCACGAUUUGCUCUUCAUCUGAAUUAUUUAGUCUAGCACAUAAAAAAUUGAAAACAACACACGACUCAUCACCAGAUCAUCUCAAAAGUUGCAACCUUGGAGUUUCAAACCGCGAGCUCCGAACUAAAAUGGCAGUUGAUCCUUGCGCCUUAAAUGCUAGCAGUCCUCGAUGCAGCCAACACAACCGCCUCUGUGUUCUCCGAGUUGUGAGGAAGGAUGGAGAAAACAAGGGCAGGCAAUUCUAUGCUUGUUCCCUCCCUAGCAAAGAUCAAUGUGGAUUUUUCAAAUGGGCAGACUUAUCCUUCCCAUUCUGCAAUCAUGGCAAACGCUGCAUCAUGAGAACAGUCUUGAAGAUUGGACCAAAUAAUGGAAAAAACUUCUUUGUUUGUCCUCUUGGGAAAGAAAAACAGUGCAACUUUUUCCAGUGGGCAGAAAAUGGGCCGGGAAUAAAAAUCAUUGCAGGAUGUUAAUAUUUUCCUUUUUCAUGGAACCUCAGGGCAUUUAUUCUCCUCAAACUUUACACAAUGAUUAGUCCCUUUGUUUUGCAGAAUUGUUAUAGACGGUGGCUCAAGUGAACUAAGUUAAAUAUAGCAUUGCAUUGUUUUUAUUUUUUGAAAUAUCUCUCUCUGCUACAGUUAUGAUUUUAUUCUUUGAUAUGAUUGAGUGCACUGUGCUUCCUCAAGUGAAUAGCAUAUUCCACCUAGAAUGUAGACAAUUCAUUUGACAUGACAAUAAAGCAUUUUAGUAUG